CACACACACACACUCAGUCAGUCAGUCACAUGGAAGAACAGCGGGACACGCGUAGAAAAGGUCUCCUCAUUAACUAAUGAGCGACCGCACACACACACUUACACACACACCGAUGAUCUCAUUCCAUGUUCCACUUGUCCUCACCUCGCUGUUCUCUCCUCACACAGCUGUCAUCUCCCAUCGUUGUAGCGGUGAAGAAGGCUGCUGGUGGCUCGUCUCUCCUCCUGAGGCUCCAGCAUGGAGGCGCUGGCACUUUUCUCCUUCGCCGCAUCCCAAGCCGACGAGAUCAGCUUCCAGAAAGGAGACGUCGUCAAGGUGACAGAAAUGGAAGAGGAUUGUUGCUGGUUGGCAGCCGAGGUGGAAGGCAGGCGAGGAUACGUGCCAGAGAACUACAUUUCCCUUCUUCCUCAUCCGUGGUUUGCAGAGGGUGUGUCCAGACAAGAGGCAGAGAGACGUCUGCAGUGGCAGCAGAGUGGUGUCUUCCUGGUGCGCGACAGUGAGUCUGCUCCUGGAGACUUCUCCCUCUCUGUCAGCUACGGCGACCGCGUGGAGCAUUUCCGUGUCCUGGAGGCGGGCGGCCAGUACUGCAUCUGGGACCACAGCUUCUGCUCCCUCAACCGCCUGCUGGACUUCUACCGGAGCCACAGCAUCGCCGCCGACAAGGUGGUGGUCCUCACCGGGUCCCCCUCCCACAUAGCCCCGCCCCCGGGGGCCCGGAACCCCUACCCCAACCCUUACAAGACCACCUCCCUGGAGUCCCUCCAUGGGCCACGCCCCCUGAGAGAGUCCUCCUCAUUGCAGCUACUGGAGCAGGUCUUAGGGAAACCCCGCCUGGCACACGCCCUGUGUGACUAUGCCCCGCCCCUCACCGCCCACCUGCACUUCCUGCGCGGUGACGUCAUCGACCUGCUGGACUGCUCUGACUCGCGGUGCUGGAGAGGACGUUGCCGCGGCCGCGUGGGCGUCUUCCCGCCACACUGCGUGCAGCCGCUCUACCACUGACGCCACACCCACACUGACUCCCCACGUGACCACGUCAUCACUGCCUCCCCCUGGCGGACGUCUGCAAGCAAUACUUGUCAUUCUUUUAUGCUCUCAAGUCUUUUUAAAGAUGUUCAAGUUGUUAAAAUUUACAGAAACUUAACAUUCUAUGUACAAAAAUAGGAAGUCACAGUUUAAGGUUUUUCAUCGGAAAAUUGAUUCUUAUGAAAUAAAACAGAAAACAUUUUCAUUAAUUUUUAAAAUCAAUUUUCAAAAUGCGUCCAUUGAUUUAAAAUCGAAAUAUAGAGAAAAAACUAUUCUUUUUUAGCAACCCUAACCUAGCAUUUUUGUUUACAUAAAAUUUUGCUAAAAUGCUAGCGAUAAAACAUUAGCAGGCUAACAUGGGAAAAGUUAGCAUACUUGCAAGAUGGCGCCGAAUGUCAAAAUCCAUCAUUUUUGUGUAUAAGUAAAAUUUAGCUAAAAUGCUACCAACAAAACCUAAGCAUGCUAACGUCAGCUUUUUAACAUGGGGAAAAGUUAGCAUACUUGCAAGAUGGCGCCAAAUAUCCAAAUCCAUCAUUUCUAUGUAUUCAAAUAAAACAGUUAGCUAAAAUGCUGCCAAUAAAACAUUAGUUUGCUAUUGUUAAAAUGCUAACAUAGGAACGGUUAGCACACUUGGAAGACGGCGCCAAAUAUCAAAAUACAUCAUUUUUGUGUAUGAAUUAAAUUUAGCUAAAAUGCUACCAACAAAACAUUAGCAUGCUAACGUUAAAAAAAUACCAUAUGAACAGUUAGCAUACUUGCAAGAUAGCGCCAAAUAUCAAAAUCCAUAAUUUUUAUGUCUACAGGUACACAAUUAGCGAAAAUACUAGCAAUAAAAUAUUAAUUCCUAACAUUAAAAUGCUAACAUUAGAAAAGUUUGCAAAUGUGCAAGAUAAGAUGGCGGCAAAUAUCAAAAUCCUUCAUUUGUAUGUUUACAUAAAAUUUUGCUAAAAAAUGCUACCAACCAAACAUUAGCAUGCACACAUUAAAAAGAUAACAUGGCAAAAGUUAGCAUACGUGCAAAACGGCACCAAAUAUCAAAAUCCAUCGUUUUUAUGUUUACAGAUAAAAAACUUGCUAAAAUUCUAGCAAUAAAACACUAGCGUGCUAACGUUUGAAAGCAGACAUAGGAACGGUUAGCACACUUGCAAAAUGCCGCCAAAUAUCAAAAUCCAUCAUUUUUAUGUUUACAGGUACACAAUUAGCUAAAAUGCUACCAAUAAAACAUUAGCUUGCUAACGUUAAAGUACUGACAUAGGAACGAUUAGCACACUUACAAGAUGGCGCCAAAUAUCAAAAUCCAUCAUUUUUAUGUUGACAGGAAAAAACUUAAGCUAAAAGGCUAGCAAUAAAACAUUAGCUUGCUUAUGUUAAAAUGCUAACAUAGAAAUAGUUGGCAUACUUGCAAGACAGCGACAAACAUCAAAAUCCAUCAUUUUUAUAUAAAAUAUAAGCAAAAAAAAAUGAUAACAGUUAGCAUGCUAAUGUUAAAAUCCUAACAUCGGAACAAUUGUCAUACAUGCAAGAGGGCGCCAAAUAUAAAAAUCCAUCAUGUUUAAAUUUAUAAAAUCACCUAAAAUAUAAGCAAUAAAACAUUAUCAGGUCAACAUCAAAAAAUGCUAACAUGGUACCAGUUAGCAUGCUAACAUUAAAAAUGCUAAUACGGGAACAGUUAGUGUACUUACAAGAUAUCACCAAGUAAUGACAUCCAUGGUAUGUAAGUUAAAAAAGUAUAGAAUUAGCUCAAAGGUUAGCGAUUGAUUUUUUUUUUUAGCAAUAAAACAUUAACAGUUAGCAUUCUAACGUUAAAACAUUGACAUGGCAACAAUUAGCAUACUUGCAAAAUGUCGCCACGUAAUGACAUCCAUGGUAUGUAGGUUUAAAAGUAAAGAAAUUGGCUCAAAUGCUUGUGAUUUUAUUUGUAUAAAUAGAAUAUUAGCAGUUAGCAUGCUAACAUUAAAACCCUAACAUGGGAACAAUUAUUACACUUGCAAGAUGGCGCCAAAUAUCAAAAUCCAUCAUGUUUAAGUUUACAAAACUACCUAAAAUAUAAGCAAUAAAACAUUAUCAGGUCAACAUCAAAAAAUGCUAACAUGGUACCAGUUAGCAUGCUAACAUUAAAAAUGCUACUACGGGAACAGUUAGCGUACUUACAAGAUAUCACCAAGUAAUGACAUCCAUGGUAUGUAAGUUAAAAAAGUAUAGAAUUAGCGCAAAGGUUAGCGAUUGAUUUUUUUUUAGCAAUAAAACAUUAGCAGUUAGCAUUCUAACGUUAAAAAACUAACAUGGCAACAAUUAGCAUGCUUGCAAAAUGUCGGCAAGUAAUGACAUCCAUGGUAUGUGGGUUUAAAAGUAAAGAAAUUGGCUCAAAUGCUUGUGAUUUUAUUUGUAGAAAUAGAACAUUAGCAGUUAGCAUGCUAACAUUAAAACCCUAACAUGGGAACAAUUAUCAUACUUGCAAGAUGGCGCCAAAUAUCAAAAUCCAUCAUGUUUAAGUUUACAAAACUACCUAAAAUAUAAGCAAUAAAACAUUAUCAGGUCAACAUCAAAAAAUGCUAACAUGGUACCAGUUAGCAUGCUAACAUUAAAAAUGCUAAUACGGGAACAGUUAGCGUAUUUACAAGAUAUUACCAAGUAAGGACAUCCAUGGUAUGUAAGCUAAAAAAGUAUAGAAUUAGCGCAAAGGUUAGCGAUUGAUUUUUUUUUUUUUAGCAAUAAAACAUUAGCAGUUAGCAUUCUAACGUUAAAACACUAACAUGGCAACAAUUAGCAUGCUUGCAAAAUGUCGGCAUGGAUGACAUCCAUGGUAUGUAGGUUUAACUGUAAAGAAAUUGGCUCAAAUGUUUGUGAUUUUAUUUUUAGAAAUAGAACAUUAGCAGUUAGCAUGCUAACAUUAAAACCCUAACAUGGGAACAAUUAUCAUACUUGCAAGAUGGCGCCAAAUAUCAAAAUCCAUCAUGUUUAAGUUUACAAAACUACCUAAAAUAUAAGCAACAAAACAUUAUCAUGUUAACAUCAGAAAUGGUAACAGUUAGCAUGCUAACGUUAAAAUUUCUAAUACGGGAACAGUUAGCAUACUUACAAGAUAUCACCAAGUAAUGACAUCCAUGGUAUGUACAUUAAAAAAGUAUAGAAUUACCUCAAAGGUUUGCGAUUUUUUUUUUCUCCUCGCAAUAAAACAUUAGCAGUUAACAUUCUAACGUUAAAACGCUAACAUGGGAACAAUUAGCAUACUUGCAAAAUGUCGGCAAGUAAUGACAUCCAUGAUUAGUUCCGAUAUUUGAGAAAAAAACUUACACGCUAGCAUGGGAACAGUUAGCACAUUUGUCGAUAGAUAUUUUAAAUAAGCAUAGAACAUUGCGAUUGGAUUUUUUUUGUUAGCACCCCUUAUUAUUGUGUGCACUUCUUUUUACACUUGUGUCAUUGAUAAGAGUGUUGCAUAAGUCAGGACAAAAUACUCUUUUCCAAGCACUUAUUUUCCAAGUCAUAUAUAUAUAUAUAUAUAUAUAUAUAUAUAUAUAUAUAUAUAUUAGGUUUUAGGUAUUUGUUGUGUAUUUUCCAGUUUGUACUAGAAAUAUAAAGAGUUGUGUUUUACUGGCCACUUUGUUGCCCACAUUUGACAAAACCCCCCCCCCAAAAAACAGACAUCUUUAAUAAUAACAAAAUAAUUAAAAGCCAAACAAACUAAUAAAAAAACAUUUGUAAGAUAUUAACAGUGUUGGGAUGGAUACUGAAAAAACAGUAACUAGCUACACUUACUAGUUACUUUAUUUCAAAAGUAACUCAGUUACUUACACCAACAAGUAAUGCGUUACUGUGAAAAGUAACUAUUUAGUUACUUCUAUUUUCAAUUGUAUUUUUAUUUUAUUUUUUUAAGGCCCCCAUUAAUGGCCUUUUAGCCUUCAUUUCAGUCCUGUUAUUGCAGUGGAGAAUAAAACUUGGCACCACUCAACUCUGCUAAGCAACGUGGUCUACAUACAACACACAAAGACAAAGAAAUGUUUCAAAGGGCCAAUUUAUUUUGGGCUGAAACAAAUUGACAAAACUAUUUUAAAUAGCUGCAAUAUAACAUACACAAGUAAGAAACAGCAUAAUAACAAGGAAGACAUACACAAAGCCUAACCAGGCCUUUUUUUCUCUUAAGGAAUUGUGAAAUACAACCAUGUCUUCAGUAGAUCAACACUGUACUGAAGCCCAGAAAACUCUACGCAUUUCCCCAGUUUUAGUUUAGAGAUAAGGAAAGAUUGACCUGGCCCACUAGAAUCCCUCUUUAUGUUUGCCAACUUUCUAGUCUAUACAUUUAGAGCAGGGAUGUCCGAAGUGCAG